GCAUCCGCAGGGGCCUGAGCCUGGGCGCCGGAGCCGAACCUCGGGGAUGCUUCGGACUCCCGAGCCGCGGCCCGGGGAGGCGGGGGCAGCUAGCUGCAGCCCCCGGGCCGUGCCGCCCACCCAGUCCAAGCCGCUCACCUCCUUCCUCAUCCAGGAUAUCCUGCGGGAAGGCGCUGAUCGGCGCGCAGGUCACGCGGGCAGCCCGCAGCCCCCGCGCCAGCCUGACCGGAGGCGAGACCCUGAGCCGGAGCCCGAGGGAGGAAGAGGAGGCGCCGGGGCUCCGGAGGACCAGCCGAGAGCCCGGCCCCGCGCUGCGCGCGGGGAGGCAGAGCAGCCGGCGGAGACCGAGCCACACAGGCACUUUGAGACUUAUCUGUUGGACUGGGAAAACACUCGGGACGCCUCACCGAGCCUGCCCCCAGCCCCUAAGCAGCCACAGAAGCGCUCCCGGGUCGCCUUCUCGCACAAUCAGGUCGUUGAGUUGGAGAGGAAGUUCAGUCACCAGAAGUAUCUGUCAGCUCCCGAAAGGGCUCACCUGGCCAAGAACCUCAAGCUCACGGAGACCCAAGUGAAAAUAUGGUUCCAGAACAGACGCUAUAAGACCAAGCGGAAGCAGCUCACCUCAGACCUGGGAGACCUGGAGAAGCAUCCUUCCUUGCCAGCUCUGAAAGAGGAGGGCUUCUCGCGGGGCUCCCUCAUCUCCAUGCAUAACGCCUACCCUUACUACCCCUACCUUUACUGCUUGGCAGGCUGGAGCCCAGCUUUCUGGUAACGCCUCCGACAACCACGAGGGAUCAAGAACCGCCUUCCCCAGGUGGCCCCUCUGGAAGGCAAAAGGGCCCGGGGUCAGGGAGCAGCAAGAGGUGCGAGACCAAAACUGUUGGAGGUUUGCAUGGAAAUCCCAGAUUCUUCACGAGUGGGCCAACGAAAGAUCUGGGACACGGAAUGAUUUAGUAUCCAAAUACUUCCCCCAACACAGAACGUACGUCAUUUUUGCUUUUUAGAGACCUGCUUGAAGUAGAGAGGGAUAAAGCCAAGUGCUGUUUCUAGCACUUUGGGUGAUUUUGUAGGAGGUGUCCACGUCACUUCCGAGGAUUCUGUUUCCUCCAGCUCCACCCUCUUGUGUAACUGACCAUCCACUCUGACAGAGCACACCCGAAGGGGGAGGGGGGCGGGGAAGGACGGCUAAUAAGAGGAUGUCACCUACUGAAUUAAACCGAAGGUCAGAAGCCUCUCGUUGACCUUGGACUAUGACCAAGGUUUCUCUCUGUCCCUGGAAGAGAGAGGGACAUGGAGAAUCCCAUAGAGAAGCCUGUCGUGCUCAGCGCAGGUUGGCACGGGAUACGGAGGUGGGUAGGAAGAGAUGAAAAUAGAAGCUUUUUAUUAUUCCUUUUUAAAUAAUACGCCGACUUAAGUAUUUACAGGGUGGCCCAAGCAGAACAAGAAGCACUCACUGUGGUCUUAAGACAAGCUGUAUAAACAGAACUCUCCUGUAGGAGGUGGGCCCAGGCCAGAAGGAUCUCUGCGUGUCCAAGACAGCGGUCUAAGGGGGAGUCUCCGCAAUGCUGCUGGGGGGCAUUGCAUUUUUUUUUUUUUAAAUCAGCAAAAGGUAAAAGAUUCUCUUCUGACCUUUUUGCUCUGGGUCUGAGAAUUCAGAAUGAGACGGCUCCUGGAGUUUUCAGGCUGUAAUUCAUACUACACCAUGACAGAUCACGUAAUUCCUUAAGCUCCUUCCUUUCCCCUUUCUUUUAUUUUUUGUUCCCUUUCCACAAGUCACCCACUGAAGUUCUUCUUUUAGUCUGAUUGCACCUAACAUACACCUUCCUUAUUUAGCCUGAGAUCUGGUCUUUUUUUUUUUUUCCCCCAAAGUUUUAUCUCUCCUGGGUUUAAAAAAAGUAGGGGGUGAGCAGAUUCUGAAUUGGCUAAAAGACAUGCGUUAUUUAAAAAAACUAGCAAUUCUUAUGUCUUUCCUUUAAAAAUAUACAGCAUUAAAUCCCAAAUCCUAUUUAAAGACUUGACAGCUCCAGAAGGUCACUGCUGCUUUUAUAGGACUUUCUGGUGGCUCUGUUGUUACAGCUCAAAGUCUGAGAACCCUUUGGGAUCCCUGCAGGCAGAGGAGGUAAGAGGUAUGGAGUUUCACACUCAAGGAUGAAUACAGCGCAGAGUGAAGGGUCAGGCGCCCGUAGAGCUGUCUAGUGGACAUUGAAGGCUCAGGGGUGGAGCGUGGAGAAUAGGGGCCUGGACCUUAG